AUGCUCCGUCUAAAACUGCAACUCGAAACUGAAAAAAGAGCGGUGACGGUCUUGCCAAAGUCGGUGGCGCCGGCAUCCUCUGGUUCUUACAUGAUACGCACAUUAUACCCUCAUCACUGGUAUUUUCUCUCUUUCUCUCUCACAUCUUCGUCGCCCCCAAUUUUCAUGGAAAAGGGCAAAGCUAAGUUGGCGGCAGUCACCGAUCCCGUUCCCAAGCUCGAUUCCGUCUCCAGCUCCACCAGUUCGGAUCGUAAAUCCGCCGCCUCCUCGCUCCGAUCGUCAGGGCCGCCGAUCAAGAGGUCGAAGCCGCCAAGUCUAGUCAGUCUGUGUGUGGGGGUUAUCGGCAAGCACUUGGAGGAUAUAAUUGCAGAUUUGGAAGAGAUUGCCGUUACCUUCCCUCCGGAUAUUAAGAUGGCAGUGACAGCAAUUGCUCGGAGGAGACGGUUACUUGAUGACAAUAUAAUUGUUUCCUUGGCUGAUGGUUCAUGGGAGAUCCUUGACAUCUCUGGUUCAAAUGUUUCUGAUGUGGGAUUGAUUAAAUUAGCUGGAAUAUGCAGGUCUCUUCGAGCUGUGGAUAUAAGUCGGUGUGAAAAUAUCACUGUGGCUGGUGUUUCUGGACUUUUGCAGCGCUGUCAUUUGCUAGAAACUUUGAGAUGUGGAGGGUGCCCAAGAAGUGACUACACGGCACGUUGUUGUUUGGGCAUAUUGAAACCAAAGCUGCAUGAUGUGGAUGGCGAUUCGUGGGAGGAACUUGACGCCUCAGAAAUCAUAGAUGGUGCACAUUCGUUGCGUUGGCUUGUGUGGCCAAGGAUCGAUAAAAAUACUCUGGAGAAUUUCUCCGCUGAAUGCCCGCGCAUCACAGUAAAUGCCAAGCCGUCACCUUUCACUCUAAGAGGGGCCCAAGUUCCGAGACAAGCAUGGCCAGAUGUCGUAUUGGAUGAACCCUUUGUUAAGGAUAUUGAUCCCGAGACAUGGGCUGUGUCUGGAUUUAGACCCAGGAAGAUUUCCGCACCUCUCUCUAGCCCAACAUCUGAAUUGUCGAUGGCUGAAAAGUUUAGGCUUGCAUUUCUUGAAAGAGACAAUCGGUUAGCCCCGAAACGUGCGAAGAAUGUGAGGCAACAUCAACGGCGUGCGGAAAAAGAGUUUAGGGCAAUGGAUUCAAGGGCAAAGGCCCUUGAUCUGGCCUCAAAAUUGAGCAAAUCGCUGCAUAAUAGGUACUAGUGUCCCCGGAUAAUCAGGGGCAACACCGCGGAGAGAGCUUUUGUUGUCUGACCGUGCUGUUUUUCGGUGCGUGUGUUUUAUAAUGUCUGCGGCACAUGGCUUUGUUUUGAUGAGGUUCAGCUGGCGGGCGUUAGCAUUCUUGUGAGCUUAGCUUUUGGGCUGUCAUAAAUUUGUAAUUAUUA